AUGCCCGUUCCCACCUUCUAUGCGCAGUCACUGACAGAGCUGAUCGCUCUUCGAGCUGAAAGUCAGCCAAACGACCCUGCAGUUUUCACUGGAGCAGCCGAAUUCGGGGAGAAGCUCCUGUCCCUUACUUACUCCGACCUCUCCAAAGCGGUCGAUCGAUUAGCUCACCAUUAUGCCGAUCCAGCACUGAAUCUCUUACCUGCAGUCCCUGAGGGCCAGAUCCCACCUGAACGAGUCGUUGCAGUCCUCACCUCAACAGCUAUCGACGAGUCUUUACUUGAGAUUGCUCUGGCCAAGAUCGGUCUCUGUGGACUUUUGCUAUCCGUCAACAACUCUACAGCAGCCGUCGCCCACUUGUGCAAACAGACCAAUAGUAAUCACUUGAUCUAUGGCACACGGUUCGAAUCUGUAGCUCGAGAAGCUCAGUCCAUGCUUAAGGAUGAAGGAUACGAGCUGCAACUCAUUCCCGAGACCCGCUAUCCCAUUUGGGGUCCAGGAGGUGUCAGCGAAAGCAGCAUCAACCCCUACACUCCUCGUCUACAGCCUAGCCAAGAAGUCAAGCGGACAGCUGUCAUUCUCCAUUCAUCUGGUUCAACAGGGUUCCCCAAACCAGUCUUCAUCACUCACUAUGGACUCAUUGCGAACCUCGCUAGCUCUAUUCCCCAGCCAGGCUUCAGUGCUCUACCACUUUUCCAUGGCUUCGGACACUUCUCCAUCUUCCGGUGCAUCUAUCAUGGAAAAUCAUUUACCCUGAUGCCCCCGCAUUUACCCCUUACAUCCGCGAACAUUUGUCGAAUCAUCAAGGCGGCUCCUGAUCCUCCACGGCAGCACUUUGCCGUUCCAUAUGUUCUCAAGCUUCUGGCGGAGACGGAAGAAGGGGUGCAGACUCUGGCGAGCUUUGAUCACGUGUCAUUCGCCGGAGCAGCAGUCCCAGAUGACCUGGGAGACAGGCUCGUCGCCGCUGGCGUACCUCUUGUGUCUUGCUACGGAACCACAGAGACUGGCCAGUUGUUCACCUCCAGGCGGGACUACAAAAACGACAAGGCUUGGAACUGGCUCCGGGCGUCUGGCCUCAUCACGAACUAUCUCGAGCUCAGUGCACAGGGAGAGGACACCUUUGAAGUUAUCGUUCGAGAUGGCUUCCCAGCCAAAAUUCUGUCAAAUCGAGACGACGGCGCAUACUGUACAAAAGACUUGUUUUUGCGACAUCCAGAACAUCACGACUGGUUCAAGUAUAUCGGUCGAUUGGACGAUACUUUGACACAGACUUUGGGAGAGAAGACCAAUCCGGUGCCUAUAGAGCUCGCGAUCCGAGGUAAUUCGCCCCUAAUCCAAGAGUGUAUCGUCUUCGGAGAUGGUCGUCCUCAAGUCGGAUGUCUCUUGCAUCCCUCGGAGGCCGGCGCAGAGCUCAGCAAAGACCCCGCCGCAUUCAUCAAAGCAGUCUGGCCGGUGAUCGAAGAUGCGAAUUCCCGAGCACCGUCUCACUCCCGGAUCCUGCCGGAGAUGGUGGCUGUCCUACCAUACGGUACCGACAUUCCAGUCGCAACGAAGAUGUCCAUACUCCGACCUGCUUGCUAUAAGAAGUUCGCUAAUCUCAUUGACUCGAUCUAUGAGCUGUACGAAAAAGGAUCAGGUAGUCAACCGAAAAAGGUCAUCACGGAUUCAGGGGAGAUGGAAAGCUUCCUCACGGAAACGAUUCAAAGCACUUUUGGUGGACGCAAUGUCGGCACGUUGGACCGGGAUACAGACUUAUUCGGCUUCGGUGUCGAUUCCUUGCAAGCUACAAAGGUCCGAAACCUCAUUGGACGGUCGUUAGAUCUGAGCGGGGCCACACUGGGUCAGAAUGUGGUCUACGAGCAUCCAUCGAUCCGCCAGCUCGGCCAGUAUCUCCUGAACAUUGGCAAUACUGGAUCAUCAACGUCAUCCUCUACUGCAGCACAUCAACGGAUGGAGCAAAUGGUGGAGGAUUGGUCCCGAAAAGUCGUGUCACGGAGCGAGCCUCGCAAGUCGACCACCGGUCAAGUGAUUGUUCUCACUGGCGCCACUGGAUCCCUCGGUGCGCACAUCUUGACUCGGCUGAUCCGGUUGCCCAACGUGUCGCAAAUUAUCUGCCUAUCUCGAGCGACGUCUCACGAAGAAUCGCUGAGGCGGGUCAAUGACUCUCUUUUACUUCGCUUGUGCAACCCUUCGUCCGAGGCUAGGGCGAAGAUCAGGUCGUUCGCUGCGGACGUCAAUGCUCCGCAACUUGGACUCUCAUCAGCGGAGUACGAAUCGAUCAGAUCAUCGUGUACGGCGGUUAUACACAAUGCUUGGCCAGUCAACUUUGUUUUAUCCUUGGAAUCGUUCGAUCAACACAUUGGUGGAGCUGUCAAUCUCUUGAACCUUGCUCAAACGUCUGAUCACGCUUCCACAUUUCUUUUCUCCUCCUCCGUGGCUACCCGUCAAGGUCGUCCCGAGCCAAUCAUCAAAGAGGAAUUCGGGGACUCCCCAGAGACGGCCGCGCCAAUGGGCUACGGACGAUCCAAAUGGGCAGUGGAGAAGAUCUGCGAAAGGGCUGCUGUUGAAAAGCAAGCAUCCACUGUUAUCUUCAGGAUCGGUCAGCUCGCUGGAGAUUCGAUCAACGGCGUCUGGAAUGAGACGGAGGCUUGGCCAUUGAUGUUCAAAUCCGUUCAUCAAGUUCAUUCACUCCCGUUGCUUGAGGAACGACCAUCAUGGUUGCCAGUCGACCAAGCUGGAACCGCCAUCUCCGAUAUCGCCACAGCGAUCACUUCCGAGCCAAAGGCUAAGAUCUAUCACAUCCUGAAUCCGCAUCUCGCUCGGUGGAAUGACAUACUUGAUGGUCUGCGCCAGGGCGGACUGGAGUUCGACUCGGUUGACAGGAAAGAAUGGGUGUCUCGAUUGGCAGCUUCGGAUUCAGACCUCGACAGAAACCCGACGUACAAGCUUCUGUCGUUCUAUCAAGGUCGCAUAGGUGGCGAAGCUGAAAGAAGGGAAAUUGAUUUCAAGGUGGACGAAGCGUCGUCAGUAUCUGACACUAUGAGGAACUUGAAAGCUAUUGAUAGUGAUGUUGUCGCGCUAUGGACGAAACACUGGAAGAGGACUGGGUUCCUAUGA